AUGUUGCCCUCAUCUUCUCUAUCGUGCCCACAUCUCAUUUACUUUCUCUCUCUCUCUCCUAAUAUUUUUGCCUCCUCUCUUUGCCAAGAUCUUUUUUGCCUUCUCUCUCUUGCCCUCAUUCUUUUUGCCUCGUCCCUCCUGCUCUCAUCCUUUUUGCCUUCUCUCUCUUGUCCUCGUCCUUUCUGCCUUCUCUCUAUUGCUGUCAUUUUUUUUAACUUUUCUCUCUUGCCGUCAUCUUUUUUGCCUUCUCUCCUGUCUUCAUCGUUUUGUCUCUUGCACUUCCUUUGGAUUUAUUUCUCCUUUCUUUUUUUUUGCUCUUUCACUUUCUCAUGUUUUCUUUUUUGCUUCCUCCAUCUUUUUCACUUUUUUUUUUCAUUUUCCUUUUGUCUCUUGUUCUUGUGCUUUUUUCCUUCUAUCUCCUGCUCUCAUCCUUUUUGCCUUCUCUCUCUUUUCCUCAUCCUUUUUGCCUUCUCUCUCUUUUCCUCAUCCUUUUUGCCUUCUCUCUCUUUUCCUCAUUCUUUUUGCCUUCUCUCUCUUUUCCUCAUUCUUUUUGCCUUCUCUCUCUUUUCCUCAUUCUUUUUGCCUUCUCUCUCUUUUCCUCAUCCUUUUUGCCCUCUCUCUCUUGCCAUCAUCUUUUCCGCCUUCUCUCUCCUGCUCUUAUCCUUUUUUCCUUCUCUCUCCUGCUCUUAUCCUUUUUUCCUUCUCUCUCCUGCUCUCAUCCUUUUUGCCUUCUCUCUCUUUUCCUCAUCCUUUUUGCCUUCUCUCUCUUUUCCUCAUUCUUUUUUUUUCUCUCUCUUUUCCUCAUUCUUUUGCCUUCUCUCUUUUCCUCAUUCUUUUUUUCUCUUAUUCUCUUUUCCUCAUUCUUUUGCCUUCUCUCUUUUUUUCAUUUUUUUGUUUCUCUUCUCUCUCUUUUUCCUCAUUCUUUUUGCCUUCUCUCUUUUUUUCCCACCAAAAACCUUUUUUCUCUUUUUCCUCAUUCUUUUGCCUUCUUUUUCUAAACUCUCAAUUUUUUGA